UUUUCUGGCGGGCGGCGGCCUCCCGGCCCGCACUCGGCGAUCCCUGCGCGCCGGGACCCGCGGCUGGCGAUGCCGUGCGGACGGCAGGAGAGCGGCGCAGCCACCCCCGCGCGGUACGUGGUGGGGGUGGACGUGGGCAGCACGGAGGUGAAGUGCCACGUCUAUGACCGGGCGGCCGCGGUCAGAGGUUCCGGCUGGAGGAAGGUAGAAUCACUUUAUCCUCAUCCUGGCUGGGUUGAAUUAGAUCCUGAAGUGCUGUGGAGUCAGUUUGUUGGUGUAAUAAAAGAGGCUGUACAAGCUGCAGGAGUUCACAUGAGGCAAAUAGCUGGUCUUGGCAUCUCAACACAGAGAGCAACUUUCAUUACGUGGCACAAGAGGACAGGGAAACCUUUUCAUAAUUUCAUAAGUUGGCAAGACUUAAGAAGUGCUGAACUUGUGAAUUCCUGGAAUAAGUCCCUUCUGCUGAAGGUAGUCCAUGUUAUUUUUACAGUGCUUCAUUUCUUGACUGGGAAUGAUCGAUACUUGGCACCAAGUUUUCUUACUUUUUCAACACAACAAACUUCUAUGAAGUUGUCAUGGGUUUUUAAAAACAUACAUGAGGCUGAAGAAGCUGCCAAAAAAAAUAACUGCUGCUUUGGAACAGUUGACACAUGGUUACUGUACAGAUUGACUAAAGGUUCUGUGUAUGCGACAGAUUACUCAAAUGCCAGUGCUACAGGCGUUUUUGAACCCUUUACGAAAUGUUGGAACCCCACUUUGUGUAAUUUACUUUCUAUUCCAAUGUCUAUUUAUCCACCAGUGAAAGACACAAGCUUCAACUUCGGAUCAGCUGACUCUGAAAUAUUUGGGGUACCUAUUCCAAUAAUGGCAGUGGUAGCUGAUCAGCAGUCAGCUAUGUUUGGAGAAUGCUGCUUUCACCCAGGAGAUGUUAAACUGACAAUGGGAACGGGUGGUUUCUGGAAUGUGAAUACUGGAGAGCAUCUCUUUGCAUCACGGAGAGGUCUGUAUCCACUGAUUGGUUGGAAGAUUGGGGAAGAAGUUGUUUACUUAACUGAAGGCUGUAUGUCAGACAUUGGCACUGCCAUAAAAUGGGCUCAGGAUAUAAAUCUUUUCACCAAUGUAGAUGAAACGGCAAAAAUGGCACGGAGUAUUGUUGAUUCUCAAGGCGUUUGUUUUGUUCCAGGUUUUCAGGUUUCUGUGAAUGACCCAUAUUUAUGUGCCUCCUUCAUGGGGCUGAAGCCUUCCACUACCAGAAGCCAUCUUGUACGAGCUAUAUUGGAAUCUGUAGCUUUCAGAAACAAACAGCUUUAUGAUACCAUUGUGAAGAAGGUACGCAUUCCUCUUCAAACUAUUCGAGCUGAUGGAGGUGUCAGUAAUAAUAGUUUUGUCAUGCAGAUGACUUCAGAUUUAAUUAAUAAGAAAAUAGAAAAACCUGCAAAUGCAGACAUGUCUAGUCUUGGUGCAGCUUUUCUAGCAGGCCUUGCUUCAGGAUUUUGGACUGACAAAGAACAACUAAAGAAGCUAAGGCGAAUAGAAGCAGUUUUUGAGCCCCAGAAGGACUUGGAGGAAUACAAACCUGCUAUGGAUACCUGGCUACAAGCAAUGAAACGCUCCCCGUGCUGGUAGAAAUUGACAUUUUAAUUAUAGAAGAAUUAAAAUGUUUUAAUUCAAGGUUAUAAAAUCUUGACAUUAACAGAACAGUAAAAACCGUAACUGAAAUUUGUGAUGGUAUAUAUAUAAAACUAUACAGUACUUCAGUUACUCCCCUGCUGCUAGAUUACUUACCACACCAUAAUGAACCUUCAUAUCAUCCCUAUGACAGCUGUAGUCCAGCUGCAGCAUUUGUGUCCCUUCAGUGACCUCCUUUGGGUGGCCCAGCUGCUUGAAUCCUACCAUGUAUUAGAGAUGGGGAGUUUUUUCCUAUCAUGAGUUUUCUACUGAGGAGCUUGCCUCCGUUUGGAUCUUUAAUAUAUGUGGUAUGUUAAUCAUCAAGGAGGGGUUAAAGGCACAUGCACUUCCCUAGGCAUUUCUAAGAAAUGUAAAACGAUUGUUGGGGGGUGGGUUGUGAUGAACUUGAUUGUGUACAAAGAUAUUUUUCUUAUUAGUAGCCUGUUACCACCUUUUGGUUGACUUUCUAAGGAAGCAUUUGAUCCAGCUCUGUGAUGACAUUUUUGUGCGCUAAAUUAAGAUGAAAUACAAAAGUAAAUAGGCCUUUAGUACCCCACUGAAAAAAAAAAAAAAAUCAGGAUUUUUGUAGCUGAUGGUUCCUAUCUAGCUUGUAGCUCAAUUUUUUAAAAUUUUAUAAAGACCAAAAGCUAUAUUACCUGGCAUGGCUAAUACAAAUACAUUAAAAGUAGUUGAAGGUAUGCUAUCUAACUUGUAAAAAUCUGUAACAUUAGUAUUUUCAAGCCCAUUGUUAAAUCCUAGUAGUAUUAUUAGCUAAAGGGGGGUCACAAGUCUAUUUUUGAAGCUAUGAAUUACUUUUCUAUUUUUUAAACAAAUAAAUUAUAAUUAAAGAAAUGUGUAGUUAAUUAUUCUUAUGUAUUUGUUUAUCAGUAAUCUUAAAUUACUAUAAUUUUCUCAGGAGUAUGUGUAAAUCAGCUUCAAAAAUGUAAAAUUAUUAACUUAAUUUCAGAAUAAUAUCAAAUUCAAGCUGUGGGUGAUUGUGUUCCACAGGCACUGGAGAAAAGAAAUGUUUAUAGAUUUAACAUCACUGAAGAGGGCCAAAGAACUAUCAUUUGCUUUUUCUCGUGCUGAAACAUGGAAGGUCAAAUCAUAGACCAUUCCCUCAGUUUCUUUCACAGUCAUCUACUCUGAGUUGGCACAUCUACUCUAGCUGUGGUGUUCUUCAAACUAGAUCUCAUUUGCCUGUCACCCUUAGUUUAACAUACCAUUUUUUUUAUUCUUCUGUUACUUUCUCUCCUUCAACCUGUGCUAUGUCUUGGCGCAUUUUUUUUUUUCCCCUGGGUGUCCUUCAAGUUGCAGAGACCAUUCUCUCCUGAACCUACUCCACUGGGGAUCCUGAACUGAAGUUCAGGAACAGGUCUGUUUGCUGAUUUCUAGUAAUAUGGCAGACUAUACAAUCUAUAUGGUUGAUUUCUUUUUGGACCAUAAAGUAUGGCUGUCCAGGUGCCAAGACUCUAAUGUAUAUAAAGUGCAUUGAUGAGGUUCCCUCCAAUCCUCCUCCUGCUGUAAGGUAAGAGCCUGUAGUUACAAGAUAUGUGGAACACUUGCUUUGCUUCAACACCCGUGUUCAGCUUGUGAUUUUCUCUGUCAUCUCAAGCUCACUACUAAAGAAAAUGCUCGUUGGCAAGAAGGUUCUACUAGGCCAAACAGAAAGGCUUUCAGUCUGGCAUUUUGAGCAGAAGCUUGUGCCUCAGUUGCUGGUAUUCUACGCUUUGUUCUCACUGAAGGAGUUUAGUUUCAUGAAAAUCUGCCUAGGGAUAAUGUCCACCUAUUACCCUCUUGAUGAAGGCUCCUUGACGUAUGUUCACUUAAUAGUUUUGUGGUUUUGCUGGGCUUGAUUAGGGUUCCCAUUCCCACAGUGUUCCCAGUUGGAGUUCUAAUGGCAGCUGAAUCUGAUUCUGUUCAAAUCACUUAGCUGAAGGUAACUCAGCUAGCCAUGUGCCUUACACUGCACCUUUACAUGGUGGUGGUUUUCGUCCUGGCCAUAGCACAGCUAGAAAGAUAGAAGAUACCCAAGACAUUAUAUAGUCCUCUUGCUCUAGAUAGUGUCCUAGAGGACCUAUUCUGGAUAACGAUUUACCACUGUCACUGUUCAGUUUGAAGCAGGAAAUUUAACCUGUUUUCCUUUCACUAGCCUCAAAUCUACAGGAGAGAAACUUCACUGCAAAUUAAGGAUGCAGAAAGGUCUUACUAUAUUCACCACCCGAGCCUUUCAAGUGGUCUGUGAAGUCAUGUGCUCUAUUGCUGAGAGGUUCAAGGCAGUGAGUGCGUCUCUGAAACAAACAGGGUGUCUUUACCAAGAUGGAGCAGCCUUUGGAGGUUAGAACAUCUGCCACAGCCACACUUGGGGUGCGUAGCUGCCCAAAGACUGAACAGACUAAUAGACAUCUUGAAGAAAUUUGGUUACUGAUCUCUAUGCGUACCUGUUACAGGAAAAAUUGAUUUUAUCUUCCCAGGAAAUUUUUAAUGUGCUGAUAUCUUAAAGUGGUACCUGUUAAUUGAUAAUGAAUUUGAAACGAGCUUUAAGCAAUUAGGUGCACUUUGUCUCAAUUUUUGCUACACAGAAGGGCAUUUAAGACCAUUGUAGAACCUCACUCAUACUAACUGAUUUAUGACAGCUUCGACUGCUGUCCUUUUUACUUAUAUUUAGAUUUUUGCCUCGGGGGUGAUUUUCAUCAGUUUGAAAAGUAUAUGCAAUUUUAUAUUUGUAGUCAUCUGAGUUUGGUAGUAAAGGUAACAAUACAAUUAUAAAUAUUAACUAGUUUGUAGUUUUAUCAUUUUAAGUGAUACACCAUGUUGAGACUGUGAAUGUUUUACUUAGGAUUGGGUAGUAAUGCACCUCAUAAAGCAUGUGAAGAUUGGAAAUUCAGUUGAGAGAUGUGUUAAUGAUCUCUGGGCAUCCUGCCUUGACAGAUACACGUGGUGCUGAUGGUAGAUCAUUUCAUCCCAGUUUGGCAGUUUUAUCAUUCAAAACGACAUAUAGUCCUAUUACAUAUGUGGGCUGACAUGGCAUGAAAAAUCCCUCUGAUGUUGGAGGGAUCUUACUACUAUUGCAUUAAUUAUUGCAUGUCAAGGGAAAGGGCAGAUAAAAUAGUCUUCAGAUAGUUGAAAAUACUCAGCAGAUGUUGUACGAGUUUUCUUACAUAACUAAGGAAAGAAUUGUCAGCUAUGUUUAAAAUGUCACUGUAAUGAACUUUGCCAAGUUUUUUGAGUA